AUUGACGAUUUGGCGGUGGAAAACCCCCCACAUCAAAGUAAAUUGUACUUGAGCAGUUUUUUACCCUAAUUCAUGAUUUUGCCAUUUCGAUUACAAUAAUUUCUCACUUUCAGCUACUCCAUGGAACAACUGUACGACGUGGUGUCCGACGUCGAGAAAUACAACACCUUCGUGCCGUUCUGUAAAAAGUCCCACGUCUACGCCAAGAAGCCCGGCUCCCUGAAGGCAGACCUCAUCAUCGGAUUCCCCCCGUUGAACGAAAGCUACACCUCGAAUGUGACCCUGGUGCGGCCCAGCCUGGUCCAGGCGGAAUGCGUCGACGGGCGGCUGUUCAACUAUCUGCUGACGGCGUGGCAGUUCAGUCCGGGCCUGAAGGACAUCCCCCAGUCGUGUGUGAUCGAUUUCAUGGUGGCGUUCGAGUUCAAAUCCGCACUCCACUCGCAGCUGUCCAAUCUGUUCUUCGAUCAGCUGGUCAAACAGAUGGAGUACGCGUUCAUUCAGGAAGCGGGCCACCGUUACGGCCGGCCAUCAAUCAAAAGUCACGUUCUGGUGUCGAAUACGUCGUGAUUCGGUCAAUGAAGCGCUUAUUUGUGUUAGAAGGAAAUUAUGACUCUUACGUAUAUUUAUUUGGGAUAGAAUGAGACGUAUUUGUACAUAUAUUGUGUCAUAUUUAUAGCGAAAGGUGAUUAUUUAAUUUACGGGUCGGUGUGCGACCUAGACUUGCUAUGCGGACAGCCAAAUCGGUAUUGAAGACUGCGGGGCCAGCACAGAGGGCAGCAGAAACAAAUUCACAAGAUGGACGAACAUUGGUAAAACGAUGAAUAACAAUAUAAGCCCUCGAUUGUAAAUCAGGAUAAA